AGAUAAGAAAAAUAGUUAAAAAAGGUGGGAUAGUGAAAAAACCAGAAAAAGAAGAGAAGAUUGACUUAAUCGAAAGUUUGUUUGACUAUGAAAUUGGAGGCAUAUUAGAACCUGCAGACAUAGAUGAGUUACGCAAAGUAGUGAAACAAGUCAUAGAAGAAAUUAGAUAUAAUCAAUUCAAAGUGCUAACAGAAAAGUUAAAAGUAGCAAAAGGUGCCACGAAACCAAAAGACACGUCGACAGAAAACGUAAGCAAAUCGGAAGAGAACGAGCAAAGUAAAGCAGAAGGGAAGAAACCUGAAGAGUCUGUAAGCUCAGAAGUAUUUCACAACGGGGAAGACGUGGACAGUACAGAGGUCAACGACAGCGAAGAGUCAGAAGAAGACCGAGAAAUGGGAGAACGAGGAAGAGUUCAUUCUUCGCUGCAUAAGGAUGAUUGGGAAACAUUCAUUGAGCAAAUGGAAAUGUAUUUUGAAGCAAAAGAAAUUAAAGCGGAUAAGCAAAAAUCAAACUUAUUGACGCAAGUGGAUACAGAUACAUUUAAAUUAAUCAAACAACUUUUGACUCCAGAAAACAUAAAAGAUAAAAGUUAUGACGACAUAGUAAAAGUUAUGAAUGAACAUCUUAAUCCAAAGCCAUCGGAAGUGAUGGAGAGAUGUAAUUUUAAUACGGCAAGACAAGAGUCGUCAGAAACAGUGGCUGAAUUCGCAGCAAAGCUUAAAAAAUUAUCAUUGAAGUGUGAUUUUAAAACAAACCUAAAUGAUGCAUUAAGGGACCAGUUCGUGGUUGGUUUAAAAAACCACGAUACGAGGGUAGCCCUUUUCAAAAAAGAAAAAUUACCCUUUGAAGACGCGCUUAAGGAAGCUACAGCACAAGAAGCUGCUGAGAUAAAUGCAUCAGGCACCAGUAAAAUAAUAGGCAAUCAAGAUAGAAAAAGAGAAGUGUUUGCCUUAAGGUCCACGCAGCCUCAUUGGAAAAAUAAAAGUACGGGAAGGCGUACUGAGCAAGGCACACGUCAGCCAUCAAAAAGGACAAUUAAGCAAGUAUGCAGGAGUCGAAGACCAAAUAAAAACAAGGACCAGCAGCGAGUACAGCUCAUGCAGGACGACGAUGAGUCAGGGGGCAACGGCCAGAUAGCUGACGAAGCAGGUGGAAGUUUCGAAAAUAAGAGAGACUUUCUUUACUUAAAUGAACAUGAAGAAUUUGUGUGUAAACAGGUAAUGAGCGACAAAGAUAUAGAAGGUAAUCCAAUGUUUAAAAAUUCAGUCGACGUGAGCGAAUGGGCAACGCCGAUAGUACCGGUAUUCAAAAGUAAUGGUAAUAUUCGAAUUUGUGGAGAUUUUAAAAUGACAUUAAAUCCGCAUAUUAUUAUGGAUAUAUAUCCCUUGCAUACAAUCGAUGAUAUUUUUGCUAAGCUUCAAAACGGAGAUACUUUUACCGAAUUGGACUUAACGCAUGCCUACAUGCAAUUUCCCGUAGAGGAAGAAUGCUCGAAAUUGUUAACAAUUGUAACUCAUGUAGGGCUUUUUAGGUACACAAAGGUACCAGAGGGUGUUUCGCCUGCACCUGCGGAUGUUCAAAAGAAAAUGGAUGAGUGUUUGAGAGGAUUACAAGGCACGAUAGCGUAUAUUGAUAAUAUUUACGUAACAGGUAAAACUACGGAAGAGCAUUUAAAAAAUUUAGAGAACGUUUGUAAUAGAUUACAAGAAUGCGGAUUACGAGUAAAUAGAGAAAAAU